CAUAACAUGUCGAUUGAACAGCCUCAAGCCUUAGGGCACUCAAUGCUCGACCAUUUCCUUUUGGAUAAGGAAUGGAAAAACUUCAACCAUGGAGCAUAUGGCGCAUUCCCUGCCGUAGUUCGAGCCGAGCACCGCAAGCUCCAAGACAAAGUCGAAGUUGGACCGGACAAGUUCAUUCGCUACCUAUACCCUGAAUUAUUGGAUACAUCUCGAAAGGCAAUGGCCACAUACCUUAAUGUUCCAACAAACGAGAUUGUUUACGUGAAAAGUGCAACCGUUGCUAUCAACACGGUCCUUCGAAAUCUUUCCUUCGGUCCGCAGGACAUGAUCAUCUACUUCUCUACUAUCUUCGCAGCUUGUGAAAAGACGAUCCAAUCUGUCAUGGAGACUACCCAGUUGAAAGCUCGGAAGAUAGAAUGCGUGCUCCCAAUGAGCCACGAGGAUAUUGUUGCGAAGUUCGAGCAGACAGUGCAGCAAGCUAAAGAAGAGGGUUUCAACGUUCGAAUCGCCAUCUUUGACACUAUUUCCAGUAAUCCUGGUGUCAGGUUCCCAUUUGAAAAAUUGACUGAAGUUUGUCGCGACCAUGGAGUUCUCAGCUGCAUCGAUGGUGCACAUGGUGUUGGCCAAAUUCCUAUCGACCUUGGCAAAAUCAAACCUGAUUUCUUCGUGAGCAUCACUCACAAAUGGCUCUACAAUCCCAGAGGAUGCUCCGUAUUCCAUGUCCCUCGCCGCAAUCAAAACCUUAUUCGCACAACAAUCCCUACGUCUCACGUCCUUAUUUCGAAAGAGCUGGAGCAUGACUAUCCAACUCAUCCUGCUUCCAAAUCAUCAUUCGAAUUGAUGUUUCAGAAUACUGCAAUCACCGACGAUACUCCGUAUUUGACCGUCCCAGCCGCGCUGCAAUUCCGAUCCCAUGUCCCUGGAGGCGAAGAUGCUAUUUUCAAAUAUAUUCGCGAGAUCGCCUUCAAAGGAGGAAACCUUGUCGCCCAAAUCCUCGGAACGGAUGUUCUAGGAGAGCCUGCAUCGGACGGAGAGAGACCUUGCCGAGCUCGGGACUGUGCAUUUGCCAAUGUGCGUCUUCCAAUCGUUAUUAAUACUUCGGAAGCAGGGGAAGGCACAAAAGAAACAGCGCAAUGGCCUGUUUUAAGUACUUUGCAAGCGACGAGAUUUGCAGCCUGUCUGCAUGAAAAGCUUGUGACGGAUCAUUCUGCGUCUCUUGGUAUCUUUGUGUAUGAUUCGGCGUUGUGGAUCCGACUGAGUGGACAGAUCUAUUUGGAGCUGGAUGACUACAAGUGGCUGGGGGGGAUCUUGAAGGAGAUUUGUGCAAACCCUGGAGCUAUUUUGAGAGAGGAGACUGAAUAA